AGCGCAGUUCUGGAUUUUGGUUUGACUGGUAGAAAGAAGGAUGGAGUUUCUGACAGGGAAUCCGUUUACUACACCCGUGGGCCAGCGAAUAGAGGAAUGAAGACAGAACAUUUAAUUUGUUUAAGUAAACGUCUGCCAAGGAACCUAAUGCUGGUCACAUGAACCAGUCAGUUAGAUGGAGAAAGAAUGAGUUUGACAAACAAAUAGGGAUUUAACUCGCAUGGAUGAGUAGAGGCAUCAUCACAAAUAUGCAACCAGCUCCAGUCUGCAGUCGGAGGACUGGGCCCUCAACAUGGACAUCUGUGACAUCAUCAACGAGACAGAGGAGGGGCCUAGAGAUGCAUACAAAGCAAUAAAGAAGAGGAUUGUUGGAAACAAGAACUUCAGAGAGGUCAUGCUGGCAUUGAUUGUACUGGAAGCGUGUGUGAAGAACUGUGGCCACAGGUUCCAUGUGCUAGUCUCAACCAGGGAGUUUGUUGAGGCGGUUCUUGUCAGGUCCAUCUUACCCAAGAACAAUCCCCCUCUGGUCCUGCAUGACAGAGUGCUCAGCCUUAUACAGGCAUGGGCAGACGCAUUCCGCAGCUCACCAGCUCUGACGGGCGUGGUCUCUGUGUACGAGGACCUGAGACGGAAAGGACUGGAGUUUCCCAUGACUGAACUGGACGGAUACUCCCCCAUUCACACUCCAAAUAGGACUGUGCCUGAUAACGGGCCUACUGUCACUGUAUCUGCUGCACCCUCAUCCACCAGGCCUGUCCCCAUUUCACCACAGCUUCCUGCAUCCCAACAGAGCGAGCAGGGACCCCUCACUUUCACACCUUAUGAGGUUAAAAAGUUGAAGACCGACCUGGGAGUGGUUCGAGGUAACCUGACCGUGAUGUCAGAUAUGAUGUCUCAACUGGAUCCAGCAACAGCUAAGCAUUCAGACACAGAGCUGCUUCAGGAAUUGUAUGCAGCAUGUAAAGACGUGCAAGAUAAGAUAAUGGAGCUGGUCCCAAGACUCAGUGAGGAGAAACUGACCGAGGAGCUGCUGGUUGCCAAUGAUGAAAUCAAUGCCACAUUCACUCGCUACCAGAGGUUUCAGAGACUAAGAGCUACACAGCAGAGCCCGACCUACGUCAACCUUAUUGACCUCAGCGCAGCAAUCAAGCCUGUUGUUACAGCUCCCACCCACAGCCAUCUCAGCCGAUCAACAGUGGACACAGUGUCUAGUCAGAUGACAGGACUCAGUAUGAGGGAAUUCGAUGAAUUUGCACAGAACAGGAGCAUCUCACAGACACGACCGAGUGAGCGGAAUGAAGGUGUUGCCGACAGUCUGGCUCAAGCACAGAACACCAGAUUACAGAACACUGGAACGAUCCCUGUGAGUCAGACGUCUGUGAUGGAUGACAUUGAGAAGUGGCUGGAUGUGGACGAGGAGGACGACAUGGCUGAUUCAGAGGGUGUGACAAGUGAGGAGUUUGACAGGUUUCUGGCAGAAAGGGCGAGAGCAGCGGAGCGACUCCCGUCCCUGAAAGCUUCUUCUCGUGACAACAACAACUACUCCGAGUCAUAGGCCAAGCUGCAACCUGUCACAUAACCAAUGCCAUUUUCCCAAAUAGUGUGAGAGGACUGAACUGGAUGAAUGUAUGAUUGGCACAUACAGUGAGUAAAUGACUGGUGGGAACAACAACUCCUGACAAUUGGGUUGUGCUACUGACACUCAGGUACAUUACAGAACUACUUUAUGUUCAACUCUCCUGGGUUAAGGUCUUCAUCUAGUAUGUUUAAUGUAUAUUUUUAUGUAAAGGCUAAAUGAACUUGGACCAAGUGUUUUUAACUUACACUAAAAGAGUGCUUUAUGAUAAGAACUUAAGUCGUCCCGUGCCACUAUGUAUAUGGAUAUCCAGCAGAGGCUGGUGGGAGGAGCUAUAGGAGGAUUGGCUUAUUAUAAUGGCUAGAAUGGAAUUGAAUGGAGUCAAACAUGUGGUUUCCUUAUGUUUGGUACUAUUCCAUUAUUCCAUUCUAGACAUCAUAAUGAGCCCGUCCUCCUAUAGCUCCCAUCAGCCUCCUCUGGUGUGGCUGCGGAUACAAACAUUUGCACAAUGAUUGAGUUUAAUUCCUGUUACAUUUCUUAGAAGAGAAUGGAAUAUGCCCAAUAUUUUCAGAUGAACAUUGAAUGGUGUGCAUUCCAGAAAAUGCAGGCAUGAUAUACACAAUGUUAGUAGAUUGCAAUAAGCUAUAAUUAGGGAAAAUGAAUGAUGUGAUGCUCAUGAUGAAUCCCAUUUGUAAUACAGAACACUUUUUUUAGGAAGAGCAAUACAAACCUAAUUGUUUCUGGAGUACUUGAAGUUUAUCAACUGUUACACAAUGUCAUGAUGAAAUACUGUAACAUUAAACACAGAUGAAGUCUUAAA